CCCAGAGCCAGAGCAGCGCCGGCAGCAGCAGCAGAAGCAGCGGGAGGAGAAGCGCCAGGCGGGCGGGGGGGGACCCCCGGGGGGGGGCGGCGGCGGCGGCGGCGGCAUCGGCAUCUCCUCCUCCUCCUCCUCCCGGGGCGGGCGGGCGCGUGACCUCACUUCCUGGCCGGGCCAGUCGCGGGAAGGACGCGCCGGAGAGCCAGCGGGAGAGAGCGCGCAGGUGAGGCGCCCGCGCCGGGAAGGAGGAGGAGAAGGCCAGGGCCGGGCAGGGAGACCCCCCCCCCCCGCCAAUGCCCCUCGGCCCGCCCGCCCGCCCGCCUGCCCGCCUACCCGCCUGCCUGCCUGCCUUCCCCGGAGCCAGCGGGCGGGGCGGGGGCGGCGCCGGGCCUCCUCCCCCGACGAGCCUCCCGGCUCAGCCUCUCAGCGCCCGCCGCGUCCGGGGAGGCCCUCCGGCUCCAGCCCCGCUGCUUCCCCCGCCGGCCAGGCCGCGCAGCUCGGCGGGAAAGGGGCCUCGGCGCAGGGAGGAGGCCGGGGGCGCUGGCGCAGAAGAGGAGGGAACCCCAAGGCUCAUCCAGUCCGACCCUCCUGGUCUCUGCCAUGGGAAGCCCCCCCUCCCCGGUGUGCUUGGGAGGAGGGAGUGGAGCUUCCCGUGCCCCCCCCCGCCCUUGACCCCGGGGAAGACCUUGCUGGGCUCCGGGCAUCUUCCGCCUGCCUGCCUGCCAGCCGGGAUCAGCCGCCUGCUGCAAAGGGCCCCAAGAGCUGGCAAGAGGCAGCAGCUUCUCAAGGGGUCCGGCUGGCUGCUCUCGGCGGUGCCCCGUCAAGCCCCUCGGAGUGGCCCCUCCCGCCCCCUGGCCCGGUGUUCUUGUGAUGCCACACAAGGGCAUUUGCAUACCUGCUCCCCAUUUGCAUAAGGGGCUUUGUCCCUCUGGUUCUGGAGAGUGGAGAGUCCUGUGGGGCCGGCCUGGCUGUGCCCUUCUUCGCCCUGCCAGCACCCGCUCUCCACACGCUGCCACCUGCAGGGCCUCCCCCAGCCAGUCCCUCUUGUAACUGAGCUGCGGGUUCUCCAGAGACCAGGAAUGACGUUCCUGCUCCUGUCCUUCCUGCUCCUGCUGCUGCUCCUCUCCUAAAGGGCUCCUGCCCUCCCAGUCUGGGGCAGGCAGCCCCCGUGAGCAUGGAGCCCCACGCAGGUAAAGGGCAGAGGGCAGGGCAGGGCAGGUGGCCUUGCUCAGGGACAGAUGCGGUCAGGAGGCAUCCAUUGCCCCCCUGGCACCCCAGAGGCUCUCCCCUUUCCCCUUCCCUCCCCCGUCUCCAGGGGUCUUGGCAGGCCUGGGGCAAAGAUGGGGGUUAGUUGAGGCGGGACAUGAGGAAGGUCACCCAGGGGGAAGCGGCUGGGGGCUGCCCUUUCCAAGGCUGCCACAGAAAGCUGUGCCCACACAUUUUGCACUCCUCUUCGCCCUGACAGGGAUGGUUGCCCAAGUCCCAACUGAGUUCUGUGCUCCAAGGACCCGUCUUGUGUAGCAUCAUCUUCUCCUGGUGGCUGAGCAGGUGCCUCCAAGGGAAACUCAAGGAGGAUCCGAGCGCAAGAGCAACUCUCCCCUCCGGUGGCUUCCGGCCGCUGGCACUCAAAGCACGGCUGCCUCCGACUCCAUCCUGGCUGGUGGCCAUUGCUAGCCCUCUCCUCCUUUGCGGAGGCCCUUUGGCCACCUUCCCCGCCCUGAGAGCCAGGCUCCAUCACUUCCUCCUGCUUGGCUUUAUGAGUCCUGCCAUAAAACAAUCUCCAGUUAUACAGCCCCAAGAGCAGCAUUUCCCAGGAGGAGGAGGAGCCCCUCUUUGCCCUGCUGCCUCCCAGGCCCCAUCACCCCUUCCUUGGACAUGCCUGGGGAUGAGGGUGGGGCGUUGCUUUUGGGGGGCUAGUAUAGCAGGGGGCUCCUGCGCAGAGACCAGACCACCAGGGCCACCAGAUGGGCGACAGAGAUCCUGAACAGGGAUGGUGCCCGUAGGAGGGGCUGCGGCUACAAGAGGGACCCCCCCCCAGAGGCAAUUGCUUGCCCCAACCGCCACAUUGUCUUCCUCAAAGAGAAAUCUGGUCCGGAACCUGAGAAGAGCCCCAUAUCUGGAUGAGACCAAGUGCCAGCUGAGUCCAGCACCCUGUUCUCGCAGUGGCCAACCAGGUGCCCGGGGUUUGCGAUGCCACCCAAAAGCAUGUUGCACACACAGAGUGCCUUCUGUGUUUUUAGGCAGAAGGGCUGGACGUUGCGUGAGGAGCCUGCUGUUAUCUUGAUGUGUGGGGCGGGGGGGGGGAGGCUCCCUCCUUUUGGACCCUGUUUUAUGGCUAAGAAGCCAGUGGGGCCAUAAAGGCUUGGAGCAAACAAAGGUGAGGUGCUAUUGCCCUCUCUUGCAGAGCCCAGAGGAAGACUCCGGCUGUGAAGACACCCAUGGCAACCAUCCUCACGGCCACCCGCAUCUCCCGGCCCCUCGCCCAGCUGGCCACCAAGACCUCCCACCUGAAGGAUGUCUCCGCCAGCCUUCGGUAAGUGGCCUUGUGGGGAGGGGUCUGCAGGGGAGUCCCUGUGGAAUUGCCCCUUCAGUGGCAGGGAGAGGGGCUUCCUCUCUGUCUCUGGCCACGAGGGGCCCUUCAGCAGAGUCGCCUGAUUAGGGGACCAUUUCCUUCCCCCUCCAAUCCCCAAAUUUCCUCCAGGCAUUGCAGCUUUGCCACCCUGAGGGUUUAGCAAUUGGGAAAUGGAAAGCUGCCGUUAGGGGUGCCCCCUGGCCUCCCCUGCUGCUGUCGCUGAGCCCUCUGUGGCCCCAUCCCUUGAAAGGCUGCUGGAGACGUCCUGAUCAGGGCAUGAUGCCAGGGCAGAGCUCAGAAGCUGCCUCACCUGCCCGCCUGGCAGGGCUCCCUAGAUUAGCCAGGACUCUGGAUCCUAAGGUGGGAGUCCAUUUCCCAUGGAGUGAAACGCUCCUGACUGCCCCAUUCAGGAGCCAAGGCGCUGCUAGGAGCAUCUUCCUCUUCCGUCCUCCUUCCUUGGAGCUUCCCAGGGGCUGACAGACUAGCCGGGCCCCCUGGAAGGCCAGGUGGGCUCAGGUUGUUCUGAGGGUAGGCAAGGCAUUGCUGCUUGGUGUGGCAAAAGGACCUGGCAGAGUUGGCAAGGGGGUGGGUUCCCUGCUGAGUGUGGGGGAGGGGAGAGAGACCCCCGCUGAGGGGAAGUGGGUCAGUGCGGGGUCCAUUUUUAAGGGACUCAAAGGCACAGGGAUUUGGGGGGCCUCUUUCCAGCCAGUAGGCAGGACCAGCCAGUUGAGAGACCUCCCCAAGAAUGGCUUCUUCCCUGACUAGCAAGCCCCGUUUUCUGCAGACUUGGGGAAGGAGGUGCCAGGAUUUAUCCUCUUCAUUUGGCACCUCUGGCAGCGCUCAGCACCCCCUUUCUGGCAGAGCAGAAUUGGCUCCUCUGGGAGCCUCUGCGUGGCCUCCUUGGACUGCCCCAAGUUGAGCAAACAAGUUUCAGAAGAGUCCAGAAGGGCUGUCCUCUUUCCAAAGUCCCCCUGACACGUAGCCCCCCAAGGCUGCCGCCUGGCCCCCUCCCCUCCCUCCGGCCGCUGGGCUGACCUUUGGGAAGGAUCAGCAAGAUGACGUGGGGGCAAAGGGUGACCCUCGGCCACAGUCCCUCGGCGGGGGAGCUUCCAGCCCAGAGAGAUUGGGGGGGGGGUCCUGCAUUUGGGUCUGCCCCUUAGGACAAGCGCUCUCUGGGGCCUGGAGAUGCAGGGGGGGGGGGGCUUCCUUGCCCAGAGGGCACAAGGGCCUCUGCAGCCACCCAGCCUCUCUGAAUUAACACACACACACACACACACACACACACACACGCAGGCCUGAAGGGGCUGUAAUCGUAAUGAGAUUACCCUGCUGGGAAUAGCUGCGAGGGCGGAUCCUGCCUUUCCUGAACAGCAGCCAGAAGGGGCAAGGGGCCUGGCAGGCCCGGCCUGGACUUGGCAGGAGCAGCAGUUGGAGUCAGGGAGGAAGAGGAAGAGAGAUGGGGAUUGCAGGUGGGGAGAGCAAUGGAGGGGGCAGGAGGUCCCUUCUUCCGCCUGCCCAGACCAGCUCUCUCUUCCCUCUGUCUGGCAGGGGGGAGCCUUUCCCAGCUGACUUGAAACUGGGGGCUUGUUUGUUUGUUUCUAUCCCACCCUUUCCUCCCAGGAGCUCAAGGGGGCACAGAUAGUUCUCCCCCUCCUUGUUUAAUCCCCCCCAGCAACCCUGCAAGGUAGGUUAGGCAGAGAGGCGCAGCGACUGGCUCAAGGCACCCCCAGUGAGCCAGGUGGGGAUUCGAACGCUGGUCCCUCCCAGGUCCUAGCCUGACACUCUCAGCACGGCAUCACGCUGGAUCCCUCGGGCAGCCAGAGCCAGCGCUGUGGCCCUGCCCGGGUUGGCAGCAUCAGGGGCAGAGGAGCUACUCCUGAGAUUGGUCAGGAGAGAAGAAGAGAGCUUCUGCUCAGCCCCUUGCGGAGUGGGACCCGCAGCAAAAAGUCCUUGACCCUGGCCAGCCGGGGGGGGAGGGAGGGGAGGGGUGGUGUCAUCCGAUGAAAAUAACUGCCUCUUGCCGUGACGCCUCCUGGCAGCAGCAAGCCCAGGUGAGGAGGGGCGCUGGGUGACUUCUCACGGACUGGGCUCCUGUGUGUCCCCCCCCCCAAAGGAAGAGCGAGAAGAUCUCAGUUUCCUGGGAGGCAGCCUGGGACUUAGUCUGAAGCAGUGCCCUCCUUCUGGGGCAAAUGAAAGGGGCUUGGCCCCAUUGGAAGAAGUGGGCGCAGCGCCAUCAAGUCCAGCAGCUCCCCUUGGCUCUGGAAGAGGACACUUGCCCCCAGUGAGGGGACGGGUGAAAAGGAAGUUGAAGGGUUAAUUCAAGGGGGUCAGAUCUUUCCAAAAUGCCUGGGGGUUAUGGGGGCCACAAGAGGACAGGCCUUUUAAGGGAAUCGUAGAAUCCUGGAAGGGACCCCUGGGGCCAUCUAGUCCCACCCCUGCAAGGCAGCAGUCAAAUGGCCAGGCUCCCCAGCUGGACUGCUCUCUGCAGGGAGACGAGCCUGGGGGUCUGGGGGGGUCACAGCUAGGAGGCGCUGGAGCCCCUGGAGAAAGAGGGAGGGAGGGACAUGAUGCUGGGGAUCAAUUUUCCCGGAUGGGAGCUUCCGCUGACCCAGCCGCUGGCCUGCUGCCUUCUCCCUUGCAGGCCCCUGCCUGAGAUCUGUUCCUCGGUGUCCCGCCUGCAGGGCCGGCGUUCCUAUGCAACGGAAGUGGAUGAGGUGAGAGCCUGUGGAAUUCACUGCCACAAGGGGGGAUGAGGCCCAUGUAGGGAGGGGGAUACUGGGCUGCUCUUGGCUUCUAGAGGGUCUUCCUCCAGCUUCCUGGCUGGGGUGGGGUCUGGGAGGCAGCUCAGUGGCCUUUUCUGGUGGGGCUCUUGCGGGGUGAGGGGCUUCCUCCCGGGGUGCCCCCUUGUGGCCAGCAGCAACACUGAUCUUUCUGGGCUGUUUCCUGGAGGAACCUGAGCUGUCCAUCCUGAGAUCAUAGAAUUGCAGAGUUGGAAGGGACCCCGGGGUCAUCUAGCCCCCCCCCCCCCCCGCAAUGCAGGAAUCUCAGCUGAAGCAUCCAGGACAGACCUGCAGGGAAGGAGAGUCCACCGCUCUCCUCUUGGGGAAAUCUCUUCCACUGUCAAACGGCUCUCACCAUCAGAACACUCUUCCAUGGAGCCAGCCUGGGCUUCCUGGUUCAUCUGGGGAAAUUUCCCCCAGUGCUGUUUCCUUGAUGGGGCUGCUGGCAUUUCUGGGGGUGCCUGAAGACCCCAAAGGUUUGCCAGCUGGAGUCCUGACCUGGAGGGUUCUGGGUGCCCCCCCCCCGAGGUUGUGGGACCUCCUUUUCAUGAGAGGUGGGUGGAGGUGGGCCUGCUCCUCCCUGGGGGGUCUCCAACGUCCCCUUUUUGUGCUCCAGAUUGGCGAGAGGCCCGUCCUCAUCACCGGCUGCGAUUCUGGCUUUGGCUUCGCCCUGGCCAAACACCUGCAUGAGCGAGGGUUCAUCAUCUAUGCCGGCUGCCUGCUCAAGGUAGGGGGAGGGAGCUGGGGGGGGGAGGGAGGGGAAGCCGAAGCCGCCAAGCCCCUCCUGGGCAGACCCCACCCUCCAGCUGUGCCUCCACGCUGCCAGCUGCUCUCUCCCAGGGGGCCCUGGAGGGUCCCUGUCUCUCCAAAACCCAAACAGAGGGAGCCUGUGGAUGUGGGCAGGAGCAAGUGUGGGGCAGCAGGCGGCCUGGGGGAAGGUCCCCCUGAGGACCCCUCUCCAAAGCCCCCUGCCUGGCCCUGGAGGGAUGUGGGGCUCCCCCUGCUGGCCACACUGUCAAAUGGCAGCCAGAGAUGCUCUUCCCUUGCAGGAGAAUCCCAGUCAUCCUUACCAUUUUCAAGGGCCCAAAAUAGUUGGGGGGGGGGACAAAGCCUUUUCACGAGUGCCUGCUGGCCCCCACCUGCUGGUUCUGGCAGCCCUUCCCCGGCUGGGAGGCCCAAGGCAGCCGGCUGCAGCUCUUGCCUGCCCCCUGGUGGCAAGACAAAAUGCCUCCUCUGCCAAAUUGGUGGAAGUCUGGCAAACAGCACUUUCGGUGAAAUAAAACCAUAAAAUUGGAACAAAGUCUCCUUUGCAAUGGAAUGGCACAGUUUCCUGGUGCUCAUGGCUAAAAACGAAGAGAGAGACCUCCCCUCACUGUACAAAACUUUUUGGUUAACACAAACUGUUUUGUCUCCUUCGCUCCAUGCAAACUGUCAAGGAGAAGAUUCCCUCGUGUUAUUUGGCCUUUGUUCUGCACACGUUGCCUAAUCACCAGCUUCUGGGUUCAGGGUGGGAUAUUUGAAUAUUGAGCUGUAUGAUGUUGUUGCACGUUGAAAGGAUGUCAAAAGAAAUCAGUAAGCAAACAAAUGUCCCCCCGCUCUUCCUCAGGAGCAGGGAAGGGGCGGCUCCAAGGAUCUGGACGCCAUGAAGAGUGACCGGAUGAGGACCGUCCAGCUCAACGUCUGCGACAGUGAAGACGUUAGCCGGGCCGUGGACUACAUGACCUCCACUCUGAAGAUGCCAGAAAAGGGUAGGUGGGGGUCUGGCAUGAGAUCAGCCAAGGAAGGGGGUCCGGCCGCCCUUGGCGCCCGAGCCUCCGCACGUGGCCCCCCAUCUCCCCAGCCUCCUUCUCUGGGGGGACCUUGUGGGGACCUGCAGGUCUGAGGCACCAGGGGGCGCCACAGCAGGGCUGGGCCUUGGCUGGGCCUGGCAGAGGCAGGAAAAUGCCCUCGGAGCCCUUCCGGCCCCCUCCUGGGUGGCCCCCACGUGGCCUGAGGGCUCGCCUGGUGCAGCGUGGCUUGUGAGGUGCUUGUGAGGCAGUCGUGAGGACGCCCCGCUUGGAUGUGCUUGUGGCUUGAAGCCCCGUUCAUUGCUCCCCCUCGGGGCGGCACAAGGGCAGUUCCAGACGGGGUUAGGCGAUGACCGACGUCUCCGUGGGUCUUCUCCCCUCAGGGCUGUGGGGCCUGGUCAACAAUGCUGGGAUCUCGACCUUUGGGGAGGUGGAGUUCACCAGCAUGGACACCUACAAGGAGGUGGCGGAGGUGAACCUGUGGGGAACGAUCCGCACCACCAAGGCCUUCUUGCCUCUCAUCCGUAGGGCCAAAGGUGAGUGAGAGGGUGGGGCUCCCCAUAGUUGUAGCUCAGGCGUCCGGACCUGCUGCAGGCUCUGCCUCUACCAUCCCUAACCACUGGGCAUGCUGGCUGCUGGGCAGGGUGUGUCAGGAACCCUGCAGCAUCCGGGGGGGGGGUGCUACGUGAAGGGAGGCCUUUGGGGUCGGUGGGUCUUUGGGAGAGGAGGAGGGCUGGGUCAGGGAGCUUUGCCCAGCAGCCCCCAUGAGUCGGAGGGUUCCACCCCACAAGCACCUGGGGAAGGGGCCUGUGGCCAGAGGAGGGGCUUGUUGGGGGCCCCCCGAGGCGGCCCCCGCCCCUUGCUCUUCAGGGUCCCCCUCCCCUCGUCCUCUGCGGCAGGGGCCCCGCCCCCCUCACAUGCACGUCCCCCGCCAGGCCGCGUGGUGAACAUCAGCAGCAUGAUGGGGCGCAUGGCCAACCCGGCGCGCUCCCCCUACUGCAUCACCAAGUUUGGGGUGGAGGCCUUUUCCGACUGCCUGCGCUACGAGAUGCGCCCACACGACGUCAAGGUGUGCAUCGUGGAGCCGGGCAACUUCAUCGCGGGCACCAGCCUCUACAGCCCCGAGCGCAUCCAGGCCAUCGCCGACAAGAUGUGGGACGAGCUGCCGGAGAUCGUGCGCCGCGACUACGGGCGCAAGUACUUUGACGAGCAGAUCGCCAAGAUGGAGUCGUACUGCAACAGCGGCUCCUCGGACACGUCGCCCGUCAUCGACAGCAUCGCCCACGCCCUGACCUCCUCCACCCCCUACACCCGCUACCACCCCAUGGACUACUACUGGUGGCUGCGCAUGCAGGUCAUGACCCACAUGCCGGCCGCCAUCUCGGACCGACUCUACAUCUACUGAGCGGGGGGGGGGAUGGGGGACCCCUGCGCCCCCCCCCCCCGCCACCGUGUCCACCUCCAGGAAGGGAAACUAAUGCUAAGGGUUAACCUGUACAAAUUUCUCCGUAGUCGCUUGUCUAGUUGAGGUCCAAGUACUGUAUUUUUAGGGCUAAGCUGUUGUUAAUUUAAGCGUUUGAGGCUCCCUUAUUCCUUGCAUGGUGUGUCUCCAACCAGUGCUAUUUAUUUCCAAUAGUCCCAUUUCCCCCUGCCCACCUCAGCUGCUUUGGUCAGAGUCCCUGCUGCAUCGACGGCUGCCCUCCCUUGGGAGCCCCCCCUUGAGUGGCAGGCGGGGGGGUGGACCCUGUGCCCCUGGCUCCUUCCACCCAGCGGCCAGAAUCCCUAGAGCCCCUCCCUCUGGGCUGGAGCUGGGGCUCCAAAGGAGCCAUUGGGCCUCCUCCGGCCUUGCCUGCCUUUUGCACACUCCUUCCGGGGGAGACUCUGUGGACCAGAAACACAAACACUCCCCCCCCCCCCACUAGGCAGGCUCAUUCCCAUGCACUCCUGCGAGCAAGCGAGCGAUGUUCUCCUGAGCCGGGCACUUUGAACAGGGGCUGCGGAGGCAGGGUGGGGGGAGCUUCUGGGGGAGCCCCUGUCCCCUCAGUUUGGGCAGCCAGACGCUCCUAAAGGGCAAGGAGGGUCUCUUGGGCUCGACAGGGAAAUUUUUAGAGGACCUUUUAGAAGCUCAAACUGUUUCUGGCAUGCUGGGGGUGGGGUGGGGGGGAAUGCCUGCCCCCUUUGCUCCCCAGGGCCAACUGCGCUCACAGGGCACUGCAGCAAUAAGUGGCUCUUGCUGUCGGUAGCGCACACCAAGGAGCCGCAGGCUAGCCAUGCCCCCCCCCAGCCACUGAGCGAGGACUGGGUGGGGGGCCCCUCUGGGAAAGGGAACAAGCCCUGCAAGGCAGGACGGCAGAGUCUCUGCUCCACUGCAGUUUUAGGAAGACACUUUUGUACAAAAAAGCCACGUGGAGAUAUUUUUGUGAUGCUUCAGAGGCGAACAAAACUGUCACUGGAAGCGGAUGAAAGUGUUUGUGAAAGUGGGGGCAGGGGGGGCCUGCACUUCUGUAACUGGGGAGGGGGAGUCUGUGAUCAAAUAUCCUCUGCCUUGAUUAACAUUAAACAACAGUGACAAGG